CUUUCUGCAGCUCUGAAACUUAGAUCCCACUGCAGUCAUGUCAGAACUUCACAUCUGUGUUCAGCUGGCAGACCAGCCAUUGACUCCUAAAUCCAUUGUGCACCUUCCGGGACAGGUGUCAUGUGGCCAUCAAGUGUCAGCGGUAAAACAGCUAAUUACGGCCAUGCUGCCUGAGUCCCUGCCUGACCCUGAGUUAAUAGAUUUGAUUCACUGCGGUCGCAGGCUUAAAGAUGAUCAGACACUUGAAUUCUAUGGAGUCCAGUCUGGAAGCACAAUACACAUCUUGCGCAGAGCAUGGCCAGAACCUCCACCCAGGCCUGAGCCAGUAGACAAAGUUGCUGCCAGCCGUGAAUUUCGAGCUCUGCAUACAGCACUGCACACAAGCUCCGCAUACCGUGAUGCCGUAUUCAAGCUUCUUGGCAACAGGGAAUCCUUGGAUCAGAUAAUUGUGGCCACACCUGGCCUCAGUGCUGACCCUGUUGCCAUGGGAGUUCUACAAGAUAAAGACCUUUUCACAGUGUUCACCGAUCCCAGCAUGCUGGACACGCUGGUUUCAUCCCAUCCUGCCCUGGUAAAUGCAAUUAUACUGAUUCUACAUUCAGUGAGUGGUGGCUCUGCCUUACCACCCCCAGAUACUUCUGCUCACACAGUCCCUCCUGCCACUCUCCACAUGCCAGGUGGAUUUCUGUUUGAUGGUCUUUCAGAUGAAGAGGAGGAUUUUCCACAGCAGGCGGCACGCUCUGUACCAUCCACUAGUACUUCUGGUCCACGGCCAGCUUCCCUUGGGUACACAGGAGCGGCUGGACCCCGCCCUAUCACGCAGAGUGAGCUAGCCACAGCUCUCGCACUUGCCAGUACCCCAGAAAGUAGCUCUCACACCCCAACUCCUGGAACUCAGGGUCACUCCUCAGGAACAUCCCCCAUGUCAACCAGUGUGCAGUCGGGAACACCAAUCACAAAUGACUUGUUCAGCCAGGCUCUUCAGCAUGCUCUACAGGCCUCCAGCCAAACUCCGCUGCAGAAUCAAUGGCAGCCACAGCUCCAGCAGUUGCGUGGUAUGGGAAUCCGUGAUGAGGAACUGAGUCUUAGGGCUCUACAAGCUACUGGAGGGGACAUUCAGGCUGCCCUGGAACUUAUAUUUGCAGGAGGUGCUCUCUAGUGCUGAUUUAUACCAUCUUUAAGCUUGUCAUAUUCUAUUUCUCAUCUUUGUUGCAAAUCAUUGGACUCAUUCAGAACAUGAAGGAAUGUUGCACAUUCUUUAUAAUUGGACAGAUUUUAAUCUUCUGCUUUAACCCUAUUUAUUUAAAUUUUCAUUUGCGUGUAAACACUAUUAAAAAAAUGUACUAUAUUCCUCCUAAAAA